AUGGAGGUGCUGGGGGAGGCCUGCCUGCGGGACCCGCCGCCCGCCCGCCUGCCCGCCGGCUUCUGGGCGGCCGCGGCCGUGUGGCUGGAGAAGCCGCAGGUGGCCAACAAGCGGCUCUGCGGAGCCCGCCUGGGGGAGGCGCGGCAGGUGCCCCGGCCCGGCAGGUGCCCCGGGGGAGGAGGAGAAGGAGCCGCCGCCGCCGCCGCCGCCUGGGAGGCGCUGGGGGGCGGCUGCUCGUGCUGCCGCCAGGGCUGCCCGGCGCUCGGCCUCCUCUCCGGCCCGGGCCCGCCCCAGGUGGAGGUGCUGCUCCGCACCCUGGUGCCCAAGGGCAGCCUCCCCGCGCCCGCCCAGGAGCUGGUCGUCAAAGAUGUCUCUAAUGGGACUGUAACCUUUUUGCCAUUGGAGCAAGUUCAUGAAGGGAAAUGCAAGAUUAAGAAGUCCAACAUUUAUCAAAUUAAACUUCUGCAUACAAAAGAUAAUGAAUGGUCUCUCUCAGUUUUAUCACCAUCUCCAGAAAACUAUGUUUCAGAUGGAAUUGUAUACCCCAAGACAAUGUGGCUUGGAAACGAACUGCUGACUAAACUGGCUAAAUGGUCUAUGGAAACAAAAAAGUGUGAAUUUAAAAAUACACUCUCUCUGAUUUCUGUGGCUAGAUAUAACAACAUUUACCAAAAUUUAAAGAAAAAAUACAAAGAAAUUGUAAAGGUGUGGCCUGAAGUAACGGAUCCUCAAAAGUUUGUAUAUGAAGAUGUUGCUAUAGCUGCAUAUCUGUUGAUCCUUUGGGAAGAUGAGAGAGCUGCAAAAGGCAUGUCCAGAAAACAGUCUUUUGUGGACCUUGGUUGUGGAAAUGGUCUUCUGGUCAACAUCCUAAGCAGCGAAGGGCAUCCUGGCAAAGGAAUUGAUGUUAGAAGAAGAAAAAUAUGGGACAUGUAUGGACCCCAAACACACUUGGAGGAAUGUGCAGUUAGUCCGAACUCUCUGUAUCCAGACACUGACUGGCUAAUUGGGAAUCAUUCCGAUGAGCUGACUCCAUGGAUACCGGUAAUAGCAGCCAGGUCUUCCUACUCUUGUCGCUAUUUCGUGCUCCCUUGCUGCUUUUUUGACUUCCAUGGAAAGUAUAAUCGGAAGCAAAGUAAGAAGUCCCAGUACAGAGAAUAUCUGGAUUUUGUUACAGAAGUGGGACUUGUAUGUGGCUUUAAUGUCGAAGAGGAUUGCCUUAGAAUUCCUUCAACAAAAAGGGUGUGUUUGAUUGGAAAGUCUAGAACGUAUCUCACAACAGAAAGUAUUGCUCUCGACGAACAGCGAGCGCAUUAUAUCAACAGCCGCCAGUGCUGCAGCAUGACACCGCCAGGUAAAGUGGAAGGGUUGCGUCAAAGUGAGAGUCGACCAGCUGUAAGCCAUGCCGUGGGCCUACUUGCCGGCAGAGAAGUACUGAGAAAUACUGAUGUGGAAGGAGCCUUAAUAUCUACGUUUCAGCCCAGAGGGAAAGAACCAGUCCGGAACUGCACUGCCCUCCCUCAAGAUUUUGUGGACCGUGUGGUUUUGAAAGUAGCAAACUUACUGUUAAGUGGAAUCCAGGAAGACUUAUCUAGAACUUCAGACACAUGGAGUCGAGGAGAGAGUCUCACCUUGAAUGAAAUAGCAGCACGUUUAAACGAGGAGACAUUAAAAAGUCUGAGGAAUGAAUAUGGGGGCCUGCAGACCCUGCUUAGGAACAACCACCAAGUGUUUGAAGUGCUCAGCGGAAGAGUUCAUAUUCGUGACUGGAGGGAAGAGAAGCUGCCAAGCAAAAAGAAGCCAGGCAUGCAGGCUGGGCAGAGAGUUUCUUUGAAAGCCACAAAAACUCGUCUGUGUUGGUUUGACAUUCACCAUCCUCAGGGCUGUCCUAUGACUGCGGAAUGCUGUUCUUAUGCUCACAGCAUUGAGGAGCUGAGGCCACCCCAGCAUGUGCCAAAGAAAAGUCAUGCCAAGCGCUAA